CUUUGCUUACACAACAACAACAAAACUCUGUGUGUUUCAUCCAGCCCCCUCAUAACCUUGUGCUUGUGUCAGUCUUUAAUUUGGAGCCCAACAAAACCUUCCCAGCUACGACGCGUCCGACCAAUAUAUCUGAACAAUACACGAUUUGCCGGCCUUGAGGUGAUCGUCUUCAAUCGCCCCACGCGCGUGUGCACAGAGCAGAUGAUGCCACUGCUGCGUCAGCUGGCAACCAUGAACGACAUGAAUGUGGUGCUCAAUGGGCCAGUGCGAACCAUGAACCGAACCCGCACUGAGCAGCAACAGAAGCGCGAAAUUCUCUGGACAACCGAGCUGGAGGGGGGAACGCUCUAUAUGGCCCAUGCCAAUUGGCUGGACUUUGAGUUGUUUGGCUACAAAAAGCCCAUCUACCUGUCGAUGGUGAGAGAUCCCAUAGAUCGUGUGGUGCACGACUAUUAUAAGCGUCGUUCGAGGGUCAAGCGUCAGAUCUAUCGCCGCAUGUUUCCAGGACAACCAGAGAGACCCACGGAAUGGUACCUGCAGAGCUUCAAUCAGUGCGUACGCAACGGCAGCCCCGAGUGUCAGUUUGUCCAGCAUUCGGUCAAGGACCAUGUGGAGGAUUUCAGGAGGCAGUCACUGUUCUUCUGUGGCAAUCAUCUGAAUUGUUUACCCUUCAACUCGCCCCAUGCUGUGCAGGAGGCGAAAAUUCGUGUGGAGAAGGAGUACUCUGUGGUGGGCACUUGGGAGGAGAAGAACAUUACCCUGACCGUGCUGGAGAAGUAUGUCCCUAGGUUCUUCAAUAAUGCUCGCUUUCUGUACAAGUUGCACAGUAAUAGCAUACGAAAUCGGAAUCGCAACAAUCGCAAGCCCCGCGUAGAUCCAGACGUUAGGGAAAUGGUAAGACGGAACUUUACCAAUGAGUACGAGUUCUAUUACUUCUGCAAGCAGCGGCUGUACAAACAAUAUUUGGCCCUGCAACUCGAAGAUAAUCUCCACUAAAGCAAUACUUCGACUGAAGCCUUAGCCAAAGAAUUUUUAUCGCAUGGUUCUCAUUUGCCUACAAAUAAAUAUA